AUGGAGUCUAAGAGAGGAGUUGGGUGGGUGGCCUUCACCAUCACCAUCGUCAUCCCAUGCUUCCUGCAGCUUCUACUCUCCCAUCUCCCAACUGCUGGGGCUCAUUCAGUCUCCUCCACUGACGCAGGCGGCUUAGUGAGACUAAGCCUCAGGAAGCGUCCUCUCCGUCUUGACGAUGUUAAGGCAAAGGCAGCUGCAGCAACAAGGGUUCGAGGAGGAGGAGCAUCCCUCUUGGCCACCGGCUAUGGUGGAAGUGGAAGUGAGGCUCUCCCUCUGAAGAAUUACUUGGAUGCUCAGUACUUUGGAGAAAUCGGGAUCGGUACCCCUCCCCAGAAAUUCACUGUCAUCUUUGACACCGGCAACUCCAAUCUCUGGGUUCCCUCCUCCAAAUGCUACUUCUCUAUUCCUUGUUAUUUCCACUCCAAGUACAAGUCUACCCGCUCCACCACAUACCAAACCAACGGAGAAUCUUGUGAAAUCAACUAUGGGUCUGGAUCAAUAUCUGGGUUUUUCAGCCAGGACAACGUUGAACUUGGGAAUCUUGUCGUCAAGGACCAAGUUUUUAUCGAGGCUACUCGAGAAGGCAAUAUUUCUUUUCUUAUUGCUAAGUUCGAUGGAAUACUUGGCCUUGGCUUUCAGGAAAUCUCUAUUGGGGAUGCCAUCCCUGUCUGGUACAACAUGGUGCAGCAAGAUCUUGUGAAAGAGGAAGUGUUCUCAUUUUGGCUGAAUAGAGAUCCAAAUGCCCAAGAGGGAGGAGAGAUAGUUUUUGGUGGCAGUGAUCCCAACCACUUCAAAGGAAACCAUACUUAUGUCCCUGUCACCCAAAAGGGUUAUUGGCAGUUCAACAUGGGAGAGUUCCUGAUCGGGAACCUCUCUACAGUUCCGAGAUUGAGCAAGUGGUGGAGAAGGAAAGUAAUGUGGGAGCAUCAGUUAACGAUGACCUUCUGUGCACUGCUUGAGAUGCUAGUCAUUUGGGUCCGGAAUCAACUCAAGCACGAGGAGAUAAAGGAUAUAGCCCUCAACUACGUCAGCAAGCUGUGUGAUAGCCUGCCGAGCCCAUCAGGGGAGUCCAUAGUUGAUUGCAACAGCCUUCCAACCAUGCCCAAUGUCACUUUCACCAUAGGGGAGAAACUCUUCAGCCUCACUCCGAAGAAGUAUGUUCUGAAGACCGGGAAAGGCAUUGCGGAGAUCUGCAUCAGUGGGUUCAUGGCUUUUGACAUCCCACCUCCUCGAGGUCCUUUGUGA